AAUAUAAAUUUGGAAAUGGAGCAGCAGCUGUGUUUAUUUUUUGUUCUUUUUGGCGAGGCAAGCUUCAGCUGCUGGGAAAUCUGGGACAUGGCCGGACGAAAGCACCGUACUUCCAAUGCCUCGAAACUCCGGGAAGAAGCCCGAAUCGACGACGCUCGCCUCCUUCACCACCUUCGUGGCCCCCACCACCCCUCGCCAUCUGUUAGGUCCCACCACCACCCGAGCUCCGUUGUCCUCGAAGACAGAAUCGCCAUUCAGCACCGCGAGAUCCAAUCCCUUCUCGAGGAAAACCAACGGCUCGCCUCCACCCAUGUGGCCCUCAAGCACAACCUCCGCUCGGCUCAGAUGGAUCUCCGACACCUCUCGGAGAAGGCCGCCGAUGUGAAAGCCGAGAGAGAUGCUCAAGCGAGUGAGUUGUACGAGAGGUGCUUGAAGAUGGAGGCCGAGGUUCGUGCGAUCGAUGAGAUGAGCGCCGAGCUCGCUCAGGUGCGGUCUGAUGUGCAGAAAUUCGGCGGGGCACGCCAGGAGCUCUCGGCGCAGCUCCAAGCCAUCGAGGGCGAUCUCGCCAGGGCACGCUCGGAGUUGCAGCAAGUCCCGCCUAUUAAGGCCAACAUUGAGAGCGUGCGCAAGGAGAUUCAGAGAGGAAGGGCUGCUAUCGAAAACGAGAAGAAAACACGUGCUAGUAACCUCGAGCACAGGCAAGCAAUGGAUAGAUAUAUGAUUUCCAUGACUCGUGAAAUUGAGAAACUACGUGCGGAACUGGCUGAUGCGGAGAAAAGAGCAAGGGCUGCUGCUGCUGCAGCAGCGAUAGCAGCAAACCCAAGUACUGGAUAUGCUGCAAGCUACAGCAAUCAUGGUAUGGCGUAUGGAGGAAAUUCAUACCCUGAUCCUUAUGGAACGGAUCAGUUUCAGGGCCCUGCUGGUGCUGGUUCUCAUCACGAAUCCGGAGUUGUGCCGCAAGGUACUUAUGGCAUGCAACAAACACAUGUACAUAGAUAGGAUCUCAGAAAGUUUUGGAAUAACCAGGAUUUAUGCAUUUUUCCCUUUCUGUUGCAAUUAAGAAAUUAGAUGGCUCGAUGUUGUUUAUAUUGUAUCUUAUCACAUGGUAUACUGCAUUCCUUUCAUAAAUUGUUAAUUAAUAUCUAGAUCAUCACUUAAAACAAAAAAAAAUUGUAUCUUGAUCAAUCAGUCUUUUUUCUGCUC